AUGGCUAACAGCAAAUUCAGUUAUGUAAAAUUAUUUGAAGAAGAAAGGAAGAUAUUAUUAAACUGCUACUUUAUUGUAAGGAUUGAUGGGUGUGAUUUUAAACAUUUUGUAAAGGCACAUAAUUAUAAUAAGCCAAAUGAUAUGGAAGGAUUAAAUUUAAUGAAUGAAUGUGCUCUUGAUAUUUUAAAAAAAUUUGAUGAUAUAGAUUUAUGUUAUGGUCAUUCAGAUGAGUAUAGUUUUUUAUUUAAUAAAAGUACUAAAUUAUGGAAUAGAAGAUAUGACAAGAUAUUAACAAAUGUCGUAUCGUAUUUUACAUCUUGUUUUUUAUAUAAAUGGAAAGAUGUUUUUCAAAAAGAGUUGUUAUAUGCACCUUCUUUUGAUGCUAGAAUUGUGGUUUAUCCUAAUGAAAAAGAAAUAAAAGAUUAUUUUUCUUGGAGACAAGUGGAUUGUCAUAUUAAUACACAAUAUAAUGAAUGUUUCUGGAAUUUAAUCAGACAUGGUAAUUACACAAAUGAUGAAGCACAUAAAUUUUUAUUAACAACACAAACUAAAGAUAAAAACGAAUUACUUUUCUCACGAUUUAAUAUAAAUUAUAAUAAUUUACCAGAAAUAUUUAGAAGGGGAACUAUAAUAAUAAGAAAUAAAACUUUCCAAAAAAAUAAUGAGGGAUUAGGAACUAUAUAUAAUAAUGAUACAACAAAUAAUAUAGAUGAUAAUAAUAAUAAUGAUAAUGAUACAUCAAAUAAUAUAGAUAAUAAUAAUAAUAAUAAUACCUUUAUUGAUAAUAAUGAUAUAAAAAAAUUCGAGAAAUUAAGAAAUGAAAGUCUUCCAAAAUUUAUAAUUUCUCAUGAAAAUUUAGUUAGUGAAAAAUUCUGGGAUAAGUAUGAUUAUAUUUUUAAAAAAAAAAAAGACUUGGAAAAAAAAUGA